GCAGGGGCCUCUCAACCACUCGGGGGGGAAGGAAAAAGGGUAGGAGGAGAGCGAAGGCCUACCGAUUUCUUUUUCGUUUCUUUGAUCUCUAAGCGACCUUCAAUUUCCUUCUCUCCAAGGUUCUGAAGAGUCGUUGAUUUAUACUCCUCUGGUUUGUUCUCCAGCCACGCCAUUGCAGUCGUUUUGCAGGAAAGUGAAGGGGAGAUUAGGGAAAUGGGGGCGUGGAAAUGGUUGGUGCUUUCGAUCUGCGUGGGCGUGAUGAUGGUGGAGUUGGGGACGGCUAAGUCGUCGAAGUCUAAGAUCUGUGACAAGGAUUGGGAAUGCAAGGGCUCUGUUUACUGCUGCAACGACACCAUCUCUGAUUUCUUCCAGGUCUACCAGUUUGAGAACCUCUUCGCCAAGCGGAACGCCCCCACCGCCCACGCCGUUGGCUUCUGGGACUACCAGGCCUUCAUCCUUGCCUCCACCGACUUCCAGCCCUUGGGGUUCGGCACCACCGGAGGCAAGCAGAUGCAGAUGAGGGAGGUUGCUGCAUUCCUUGGCCAUGUUGGGAGCAAGACUUCCUGUGGAUAUAGCGUUGCUACUGGUGGUCCUUUUGCCUGGGGUCUGUGCUAUAAUCAUGAACUGAGUCCAAGCCAGUCAUACUGUGAUCCGAACUACAUCUACCCCUGCACUCCAGGAGCUGAGUACUAUGGCCGUGGUGCAAUCCCCAUAUACUGGAACUACAACUAUGGAAAGAUUGGUGAAGGUUUGAAGAUUAAUCUGUUAGACAACCCAGAAUACAUUGAACAGAACGCUACUCUUGCUUUCCAAGCUGCUAUGUGGGUAUGGAUGAACCCACCAAAGAAGAACCAGCCUUCUCCUCACGACGUGUUUGUUGGAAACUGGAAACCCACGAAGAAUGACACACUUUCUAAGAGGCUGCCUGGUUUCGGGGCUACCAUGAAUCUCCUUUACGGUGAUCAGGUGUGCGGUCAGGGCUUCGUUGACUCAAUGAACAAUAUAAUCUCGCAUUACCAGUACUAUCUUGAUCUUAUGGGAGUUGGUCGACAAUAUUCUGGGGAAAAUCUGGACUGUGCUGAACAGGUUCCGUUCAAUCCUUCCUCCACGAAAUCGUCAUCAUAAGUUCGACUGUUCGAGCUGCAUUUGUGGCCUCUGUUGUCCUGAUUCUUGUCGAGGCCACAAAAUGGAAAGAAAGGCAAGAAUAAAGUGUUUUAUGUACCCGUGGUUUUAUUGAUCGUUGUUUAGUCUUCUUGUGAAAAAGAUUGCCCAAGGAUGUUGGGAACAUUGUGCUUGUGCAUAGCAGAGUCCGUCAACCCUGUGCUGGUUUCCGUCACCUUAUGCGAUCGCCUUUGCCACUUGUGUUUUGGUCUCUUGUACUGAGAACCGAAGACCUCGUAUGUUUAUCAUAGUUUUCAAUAUCACAUAUUUUUUAUUCGAUGUGUAA